CGGGGCGCAGCCCCGGGUGCUGCUACACACACACUCAGGCUCCAUAGCUUGUUUCCCCUCUCGCCCUCUCCUCCCCUCUCGCCUCCUGUCCCUCCCACGCCGGCGCUCUCCGCCUCGCCCCCCUCGCCUGACCCCGGCACAGGCCUCCCCUCCUCCUCCCUCCCUCCCGUUCUAGCAGCCCCCCCUCCCCGGAACUUUCCGCCUCUCGGACCCCUCUCGCCAUGUUGGAAUAUAAGAUUGUCCUGCUCGGCUCCGGUGGUGUUGGCAAGUCCGCACUCACCGUGCAGUAUGUGUCCGAGAUUUUCGUCGAUCGUUACGAUCCGACGAUUGAGGAUUCUUACCGUAAGCAGAUUGAGCUUGAUGGCCAGUCCUUCAUGCUUGAGAUUCUCGAUACCGCCGGCACUGAGCAAUUCACUGCCAUGCGUGACAUGUACAUGCGCAACGGCCAUGGCUUCAUCCUGGUCUACUCGAUCGUUUCUGAGGACACUUUCAAGGAGCUGAACGGUGUGCGCGCGCGCAUCCUCAGUGUCAAGGACACCGAGGAGAUCCCCCCGAUGAUUCUGGUCGGCAACAAGUGCGAUCUCAAUGACCAGCGUACCGUCACCAAGCAGCGCGGUAUCGACCUGGCCAAGGAGUUCCAGAACAUCGCCUUCCUCGAGACCUCGGCCAAGCUCCGGACCAACGUCAACGAGACCUUCGAGACCCUGGUCCGCCAGAUUAACAAGGGGAACCCCCUGCUCGAGCGCCGGCGAAAGCGCUGCACCCUCUUCUAAGUGCGUGCCCACCGGCACCCUCCACGGGCGCAUGUGUGUCGGCGGCCGGACAUGCGAUUGGUCAAUCCCUCCCCUCCCCUCCCCUUCCUCCUCCUCGCCGUCCUACGGCGGUGGCCAGUUGCACAUCCUUCCCCCCCCCCCCCCC